GAGAAGAAGCGAGGCAGAGGCCAAUAUGGAGGAAACAGAAGUGGCCGGGGUCACAAAGGGGAGAGGCAGCGAGGCAACCGACCUCGCCUGGGGUUCGAGGGGGGUCAGACUCCCUUCUAUCUAGCCAUCCCCAAAUACGGCUACAAUGAGGGACACAGGUUAAUACAUUGUUGUCCCAUGUGCAUUGUUGAACACGCCAUGUUCUGUUGGUCAUACUAUCAAAUAGUCAUACCAUUACAAUACAGAGAUGCCGUCUGAGAAGCAACAAAGUAAGUCUUUGUAGCUUUUCACACUGUAUUUCUGUACUGUAGUUAUUAUUGCAUUGAUGUCAAUCACAUUUUCUAUACGUUAUAACCGUUUGUUUAGAGACAGCAGAUUAUGCUCACAAAUGUGUGCUCUACUUCCUAGUCGGCGAGCUCAGUACCAGCCCCUGACCCUGAACAGGCUGCAGUAUCUGAUUGACCUGGGCCGGAUCGACCCCACUCAGCCCAUUGACCUGACGCAGCUGGUCAACGGCAGGGGAGUGACCAUCCAGCCCCAGAAGAGGGACUAUGGUGUUCAGCUUGUUGGCGAGGUAAGAGGUCUUCUUGGCAUAUUUACACAUAUGAGCUGUCGUGACUAUGUCUCCACUUGAUUUGGGGGUGAGUUCAUUGUUACAGAAGCUUGGGGAUGAAGCAUGAUCCCACCAAGGCAGUUGAUUACUUAUGUUUAUGUAAAGCAAGGAAGAUCUGUUAUUUAGUGCACAUUACCUUUGCCAGUAGGUGGCAGUAUUUAGCUAAUUCGAUUGUAUGUAGUGUGAUUAUGCUAGACCAGAGGCAGUUUUCUUUCAGUUCUGUAGGUUUGUUCUGUAUUGAUUGAAAAUCUAUUUUCUCUAUUCAUACAUCCAAUUGUGUGUGUUAUCAGGGUGAUGGUAUCUUUGCAGCGAAAGUCAACAUAGAAGUUCAGAUGGCGUCUGAGGAGGCCAUUGCUGCCAUUGAGAGAAAUGGAGGGAUCGUCACUACAGGUUUCUAUGACCCCAGAAGUCUCGGUGAGUAGUAGUGACGGUAAUGCCGUAGGUGGGUAACACUUUACAAUAAGGUUCCAUUUGUAAAGGGUUUAUAAUUAUGUUAUUAACGGUUAUUUAAUCGUUUGAAAAUGAUUAUAAACCAUUAAUAAAAGGUUAUAUCGCAUUGGUCAAAAUAGUGCAAUAACUGGUCAGUGUUUGCCAAGUAGUGAGCCACUAUUUACCUCCAGUUAUUAACCAUUUAUAAAUGCACUUACAGGUGCUUAUAAGAUGAACCCUUAUGCAACCUUAUUUUCAAUAGUUGCACAGUUGAGCAAUAGUUAUUUUCUUACUUUUGGGUGUGACGCAUUGGUGCUCUUUCCCAGGAACAGAAGAGGUUGGUUUUCAUGAUGUGUCUUGACCCACCUUUGAAACCCUGAUGCCCUGGCCACAUUUACAUCCAGGACAUUAUUAAAUUAUUACCCUUUACCAGAUUAUGAGAUUAUAUCAACACACACUUACCACCUCUCUGUGAUAGUCCAAGUAUGGUGAAUGCUCUGGUGUGAAAUGGUAACCGUAAUACCUUUGGUUGGUGAAACAGUGGAGGAGGUAUCCUCUCACAACAUGGAAUGUUUUGGUGUUCAUACCCACCAUUCAUUGACUGAACAUGCUUAACAAAGUGUUGAAUCUUCUCUCAUGUAUGUGUUGAUGAAUACCCAAUACUGUCUAUAAGGAUGUCUAAACUCUGAGUGAACUCUCAAAUCUAGAUGAUUUACCCACAUGUAUAACUGCUAAAAGUAUACCUUAUUUUAAAGUGACAGAUCUAUGAACAUUUAUAACUGAGUUAUCAACAUUUAGAACUGCUCAAAUGAUACCUUAUUUUAAAGUGGCAAUCCACUGACCAUUAACAAAUUAGUUACCAAUAUUUAUAACUGCUGAAAAUAUUCCUUUAAAGGUCCAAUAUGCAGAAAUUGCUCCGUCGUUUCCUGGUUGCCUGAUUUCAGUUUUCUGACAAAACAAGCAGUCGUUGUGUAUAGAAUCAUUGAACCAUCUAAACCGCUGUUAAAUAUAUUUUUUGUAACCAAGAAUAUUGUAUUUUUAGCUGUGUGAAGCUGGUGUACAAAACUGAAAGUAAAAGAUGCAAAAACUAAACUUAAAAACAGGAAGCAUAGAAAUAGCACACAUAGAACAGAUCUACCACUUAUUAGACUUGCUUUCAAUGAGAAUGACAGAUCUACAGUGGGGGGGGGAAAGUAUUUAGUCAGCCACCAAUUGUGCAAGUUCUCCCACUUAAAAAGACGAGAGAGGCCUGUAAUUUUCAUCAUAGGUACACGUCAACUAUGACAGACAAAAUGAGAAAAGAAAAUCCAGAAAAUCACAUUGUAGGAUUUUUAAUGAAUUUAUUUGCAAAUUAUGGUGGAAAAUAAGUAUUUGGUCAAUAACAAAAGUUUCUCAAUACUUUGUUAUAUACCCUUUGUUGGCAAUGACACAGGUCAAACGUUUUCUGUAAGUCUUCACAAGGUUUUCACACACUGUUGCUGGUAUUUUGGCCCAUUCCUCCAUGCAGAUCUCCUCUAGAGCAGUAAUGUUUUGGGGCUGUCGCUGGUCAACAUGGACUUUCAACUCCCUCCAAAGAUUUUCUAUGGGGUUGAGAUCUGGAGACUGGCUAGGCCACUCCAGGACCUUGAAAUGCUUCUUACGAAGCCACUCCUUCGUUGCCCGGGCGGUGUGUUUGGGAUCAUUGUCAUGCUGAAAGACCCAGCCACGUUUCAUCUUCAAUGCCCUUGCUGAUGGAAGGAGGUUUUCACUCAAAAUCUCACGAUACAUGGCCCCAUUCAUUCUUUCCUUUACACGGAUCAGUCAUCCUGGUCCCUUUGCAGAAAAACAGCCCCAAAGCAUGAUGUUUCCACCCCCAUGCUUCACAGUAGGUAUGGUGUUCUUUGGAUGCAACACAGCAUUCUUUGUCCUCCAAACACGACGAGUUGAGUUUUUACCAAAAAGUUAUAUUUUGGUUUCAUCUGACCAUAUGACAUUCUCCCAAUCCUCUUCUGGAUCAUCCAAAUGCACUCUAGCAAACUUCAGACGGGCCUGGACAUGUACUGGCUUAAGCAGGGGGACACGUCUGGCACUGCAGGAUUUGAGUCCCUGGCGGCGUAGUGUGUUACUGAUGGUAGGCUUUGUUACUUUGGUCCCAGAUCUCUGCAGGUCAUUCACUAGGUCCCCCCGUGUGGUUCUGUGAUUUCUGUGAUCAUUUUGACCCCACGGGGUGAGAUCUUGCGUGGAGCCCCAGAUCGAGGGAGAUUAUCAGUGGUCUUGUAUGUCUUCCAUUUCCUAAUAAUUGCUCCCACAGUUGAUUUCCUCAAACCAAGCUGCUUACCUAUUGCAGAUUCAGUCUUCCCAGCCUGGUGCAGGUCUACAAUUUUGUUUCUGGUGUCCUUUGACAGCUCUUUGGUCUUGGCCAUAGUGGAGUUUGGAGUGUGACUGUUUGAGGUUGUGGACAGGUGUCUUUUAUACUGAUAACAAGUUCAAACAGGUGCCAUUAAUACAGGUAACAAGUGGAGGACAGAGGAGCCUCUUAAAGAAGAAGUUACAGGUCUGUGAGAGCCAGAAAUCUUGCUUGUUUGUAGGUGAGCAAAUACUUAUUGUCCACCAUAAUUUGCAAAUAAAAUCAUUAAAAAUCCUACAAUGUGAUUUUCUGGAGAAAAAAAAUCUCAAUUUGUCUGUCAUAGUUGACGUGUACCUAUGAUGAAAAUUACAGGCCUCUCUCAUCUUUUUAAGUGGGAGAACUUGCACAAUUGGUGGCUGACUAAAUACUUUUUUUCCCCACUGUAUAACCUUUAAAGAAAGUGGAACCCUACUGACCAUUUAUUAAUGUGAAGUUACAAACAUUUAUAACAGUAUAAAAUCUCCUCAAACAUGCAAUACAUAGUAAGAACAAAAUUUAAUUUAAUAGAAGGAUACUUUGGGGGGGCGGGGGGAAUUGCAGUGACUCAAAUCUGUAGCCAAUAAUUGGUAUAGUGAAUAGCCUAGCUAAUUCUGAUGAACAGGAAGUGUCUUUUUCUCCCCUUUUUAACAUUACAAGUCAGAAACAGAAACUUUCAACAGAGUAACUAUAUAAAAUACAACAUAGGGUCUCAUGGUCCCCUUCGGUGUCUUCAUCUGUUUCUUUCUUGUUAAGCAUUUUCCCAUCCUAGAGUCUGAGACCUUACGGCAGAGAUCAUCAACUAGAUUCAGCCUCGGGACGAUUAUUUUGCUGAGCGGUUGGUCGGGGGGCGUAACAUAAUUACAAGUAAUUUGUAAACUGCGAAUUGACCACAAGAAGUCCAAACUGAUAUGAUGUGGACUGAAACAUAAUAAUUUCAAACCUUGCUUACAUUUGUAUACAAUCAUGUGUCUCUCUAUUAUGCGUGGGAAUACUUGGGAACAGAUUUCUUACAUUAAAGUCACUAGGAGCUGAUUUCCUGGUGUUUUUACAGUCUUAUGUCCAACAAUGAAAAAACAAACAAAAAUUAUUAUUUUUUGCUCAGUGAACUUGGGGGGCCAAAUGAAACCACCCGCGGUUGGCCGCCAGUUGGGGAACCCUGCCUGAUGGGAAUGUUAGGGAGAGGAAUUUAUGACAAUUUAGCAUAGACUCUAGCUAGCUACAUUACUCUACUAUCAUCAUUAUCAUGAUUUCUACCAUUUAGGCUUAGCUAGUUAUAUUAUCCACUGCUAUCUAAUAAUAUUAAUAAUAAUAGCUAGUGUUUAACAUUACUUGCCAACACUAAUAUCUAGCUACCACUGAUGAAAGGGCUUAGCUAGGUAGCUAUCACAUUUUUUGCUAGUCUUAAAAUUGGAACCACUCAUGUGAGUGUGCUGACAAAGGAUGAUAGCUAGCUCGCUAACUUACCAGCUACCUAGCAAGAGACUGGAUAGGUUAGAUCAGUGGUUCCCAAACGUUUUAUAGUCCCGUACCCCUUCAAACAUUCCAUCUCCAGCUGUGUACCCCCUCUAGCACCAGGGUCAGCGCACUCUCAAAUGUUGUUUUUUGCCAUCAUUGUAAGCCUGCCACACACACACUCUACGAUACAUUUAUUAAACAUAAGAAUGAGUGUGAGUUUUUGUCACAACCCGGCUCGUGGGAAGUGAUAAUGAGUUCUUAUAGGACCAGCGCACAAAUAAUAAUAAUACAUUUUGCUCUUUAUUUAGCCAUCUUACAUAUAAAACCUUAUUUGUUCAUAAAAAAUUGUGACUAACCCACCACAGGUUAAUGAGAAGGGUGUGCUUGAAAGGAUGCACGUAACUGCAAUGUUGGGUUGUAUUGGAGAGAGUCUGUCUUAAAUCAUUUUCCACACACAGUCUGUGCCUGUAUUUACUUUUCAUGCUAGUAAGGGCCGAGAAUCCACUCUCACAUACUGUUGAAGUCGUAAGUUUACAAAUACAUUUAAACUCUGUUUUUCACAAUUCCUGACAUUUAAUCCUAGUAAAAAUUGUCUUAGGUCAGUCAGGAUUACCACUUUAUUUUAAGAAGGUGAAAUGUCAGAAUAAUAGUAGAGAGAAUGAUUUAUUUCAGCUUUUAUUUCUUUCAUCACAUUCCCAGUGGGUCAGAAGUUUACAUACACUCAAUUAGUAUUUGGUAGCAUUGCCUUUAAAUUGUUUAACUUGGGUCAAACGUUUCGGGUAGCCUUCCACAAGCUUCCCACAAUAAGUUGGGUGAAUUUAGGCCCAUUCCUCCAGAUAAAGCUGGUGUAACUGAGUCAGGUUUGUAGGCCUCCUUGCUCGCACACGUUUUUUCAGUUCUGCCCACACAUUUUCUAUAGGAUUGAGGUCAGGGCUUUGUGAUGGCCACUCCAAUACCUUGACUUUGUUGUCCUUAAGCCAUUUUGCCACAACUUUGGAAGUAUGCUUGGGGUCAUUGUCCAUUUGGAGACUUUUUUAUGGCAGUUUUGGAGCAGUGGCUUCUUGCUUGCUGAGCGGCCUUUCAGGUUAUGUCAAUAUAGGACUUGUUUUACUGUGGAUAUAGAUACUUUUGUACCAAUUUCCUCCAGCAUCUUCACAAGGUCCUUUGCUGUUGUUCUGGGAUUGAUUUGCACUUUUCACACCAAAGUACGUUCAUCUCUAGGAAACAGAACGCGUCUCCUUCCUGAGCGGUAUGACGGCUGCGUGGUCCCAUGGUGUUUAUACUUGCUUACUAUUGUUUGUACAGAUGAACAUGGUACCUUCAGGCAUUUGGAAAUUGCUCCCAAGGAUGAACCAGACUUGUGGAGGUCUACAAUUCUUUUUCUGAGGUCUUGGCUGAUUUCUUUUGCUUUUCCCAUGAUGUCAAGCAAAGAGGCACUGAGUUUGAAGGUAGGCCUUGAAAUACAUCCACAGGUACACCUCCAAUUGACUCAAAUGAUGCAUACUGGCCCAUUACUUCCAAAGUUGUGGCAAAAUGGCUUAAGGACAACAAAGUCAAGGUAUUGGAGUGGCCAUCACAAAGCCCUGACCUCAAUCCUAUAGAAAAUGCGUGGGCAGAACUGAAGAAGCGUGUGCGAGCAAGGAGGCCUACAAACCUGACUCAGUUACACCAGCUCUGUCAGGAGGAAUGGGCCAAAAUUCACCCAACGUAUUGUGGGAAGCUUGUGGAAGGCUACCCGACACGUUUGACCCAAGAUAAACAAUUUAAAGGCAAUGCUACCAAAUGCUAAUUGAGUGUAUGUAAACUUCUGACCCACUGGGAAUGUGAUGAAAGAAAUAAAAGCUGAAAUAAAUCAUUAUCUCUACUAUUAUUCUGACAUUUCACAUUUUCAAAAUAAAGUGGUGAUCCUAACUGACCUAAGACAGGGAAUUUUUACUAGGAAAAACUGAGUUUAAAUGUAUUUGGCUAAGGUGUAUGUAAACUUCCGACUUCAACUGUAAUUACGCACCCAGCUCACUCAGGUGCUUCGCUAUAUCACAUCUGACAUUGUCCGUAAGCUUGAGUUCAUUUGCACACAAAAACUCAUACAAUGAUGGAAAGACCUGUUUGUUGUCCUUGUUAAUGCAACAGAGAAGAGCGCCAACUUCUUAAUCACAGCUUCAAUUUUGUCCCGCACAUUGAAUAUAGUUGCGGAGAGUCCCUGUAAACCUAGAUUCCGAUCAUUCAGGCGAGAAAAAACAUCCCCCAGAUAGGCCAGUCGUGUGAGAAACUUGUCAUCAUGCAAGCGGUCAGACAAGUGAAAAUUAUAGUCAGUAAAGAAAACUUUAAGCUCGUGUCUCAAUUCAAAAAAAGUGUCAAUACUUUGCCCCUUGAUAACCAGCGCACUUCUGUAUGUUGUAAAAGCAUUACAUGCUCGCUGCCCAUAUCAUUGCAUAAUGCAGAAAAUACACGAGAGUUCAGGAGCCUUGCUUUAACAAAGUUAACCAUUUUCACUGUAGUGUCCAAAAUGUCUUUCAAGCUGUCAGGCAUUCCCUUGGGACCAAGAGCCUCUCGGUGGAUGCUGCAGUGUACCCAAGUGGCAUCGAGAGCAAUUGCUUGUACGCACGUUACCACUCCACUAUGUCUCCCAGUCAUGGCUUUUGCGCCAUCAGGUACAGAUACCAACACAUCUUGACCACCAAAGUCCAUUUGAUGUCACAAAGCUGUCCAGUACUUUAAAAAUAUCCUCUCCUGUUGUCCUGGUUUCCAGUGGUUUGCAGAAGAGGAUCUCUUCCUUAAUUGACCCCCCAUAAACGUAACGGACAUAUACCAGGAGCUGUGCCAGGCCUGCCACGGUCUGUUUACUCAUCCAGCUGUAACGCAUAGAAUUCACUGGCUUGUAUGCAAAGUAGUAAUUGUUUCAACAUCUCCUGCCAUGUCACUGAUGCGUCGUGAAACAGUGUUGUUUGAUGAAGGCAUUGUCUGUAUAGUUUUUUUGGCCUUUUCCCCCAGGAUUGUCCCAGCCAUAUCCACGGCAGCAGGAAGAAUUAAGUCCUCCACAAUAGUAUGGGGCUUGCCUGUCCUAGCCACUCAGUAGCUCACCAUAUAAGACGCUUCUAGCCCCUUCUUAUUAAUGGUAUCUGUUGCUUUUAUACAUGUCUUACUACUCGAAAGUCGUCUUAAUUCUCACUCAAAAUACUUUAUUUUUCAAAUUGGCAUGUUUCGUGUCUAAAUGUCUGCGCAAGAUUGAAGGUUUCUUCGAGUUGUAAGAUGCACAUAUAACGCACUGUGGCUGAUGAAAGGCAAUACUUCCAAUAUAAGUGAACCCCAAAUCAAUGGAGUUAUCAUAUUUGCGCCUCUUCGAUGGUCCAACGUCCCUGUCUGUUGUUCGGUGCUUUCCCGGGUAAGGGGGCAGUAGCUCUUUGGCUGCAUCAGAUUCACAACUGUCAGUGUCCAUGCUAGCUGGGUUAGCAACAAAUGUAGAAUUACUGAUGCUAGCAUUGGAUGUGCUCAUGGAAGCAGAUCAACUUGUGUCGUCGACAGAUGCAGGUGUAGUACUGCUGGUAGUAGCAGUACUAUCAGUAGAGCUGGUAUGUGUCUCUGUGGACGCCACCUUACUUUUUUUAACCAUAUAUCCAUUUUAGAGCAAAUUGAAUGAGCAGCAGCUACGUUUGGCUAUGUACGGACCGUUAGUGGAAUUCCUGCGAGAGAGUAACGGUUAAUGUGAUUGGAUGUUAAUUAUUUGACUAGGCUACCUGUAUUUGACAUUGUGUUGUUAUUUCGCUGAACACUAGAUGGUUUAAUUUUUGACAGUGAAACGAUUCUACUCAGGUGAGAAAAUCUAAUUGGACUGUUUGAAAUGUGAAUCACAUUUGGCGUACCCCCGACAGCAUUGCGCAUACCUCUGGGAUUUGGGAAUAGCCGGGUUAGAUAAAUAGCUAGCGUGCUAUUCCAAAAUAACUAGCUAAACAAAUUGCAUGGAAACUGUCAUGUCGAUGUUAGCUAGCUAGCUGGCAGCUAUCAUGCCAAAGAUUAUCGCGUGUUAAAUCGUCUAGCAGAAUGUCUAUAUUCAAAAAUACGUUUUAGGUUUUACCUACUGCUAACGUUUCCUAGCUAUGUAGGUAGGACAGAUGUGCUAGCAAACGUUAGCUAGCUAGCUAGCUACUUAGCUAGCUGAGCAGCAUGCUAAAUCAUCCAGCAGAAAUUCUGUAUUCAAAAGUGAAACAAAUUGCAUAGAGAAUUUACCCUUUCUCCUCUGUCAACAUUUGUAUCUUGUGAACAACGUUUCUUUCGCGCAAUCUCUUCUGUCUGGCCUUUGCACAUUUCUUAUAGCCACGUCCAUCAUGAUUCUUCUCGACGCACUGUCACAUGAUGUCAGUGUCAACACAACAAUUUGUGCACGUUCCAGGUCAUAUUUAUUUUAAGCGCGUUUCACAGAUGGGCAGAUCUCACAAAGUCGGCGGAAUUUUUCAGAAACCAGCGAACUGCACCAAUAAUAUGGCUUGUGAUCUUGAGAUGACGCCUUCAUUCCUGGAAUAAAUAAGUGUACCAAUGCAUCAUCAGGGUUUCAAACAUGGGGCAGGACACAUCAUUGGGGGUUAGGGGAAAAUAAUAAAGAAAAUGUAUUUGUAAGAAAAAUAUUUAUUUUAUAUAUAUUUACAAAAAAAUAUGUGGGGGAUUGGAAAUGAUGCAGACAAUUACAUUGAUGGAAGCCACAAUCUAGCUGCAAUAUUAAAUCUGAUCUAAAUAGGGGCUCACUAUUUGGCAAGCACUGACUGGCUAUCGUACUAUUUUGACCAAUUUGUUAUAACCCAUUUAUUCAUGGUUUAUAAUGCAUUUACAAAUUAAAUAAACUUUAACGUAAUUAAAAAUCCUUUAUAAACCCUUUACAAAUGGAAACUUAUUGUAAAGUGUUACCCCAUAGGGACACAUUAAGCCAAAACUUAGUCCACUUUAAUAAUCUUGCUACGAUGCCACAUUUUAUACUUGUGCUUUGUUCUGUCUGUAGUGGUCCUGUGUAAGCCUGUGCCGUUCUUCAUAAGUGGACAGCCCAUUCCAAAGAGAAUGUUGCCUGGGGAGGACAUGGUCCCGUACUACACAGAUGCUGCCAACCGUGGUUACCUGGCAGACCCAGAGAAGAUUAAAAAAGCACGGAUAGCCUUGGCCCAGAAGUAUGGCUACAUUUUACAGGACAUUUCCAAAGACGAGUUGUUCCACAUGCUCUCUAUGAGGAAGGACCCCAGACAGAUCUUCUUUGGUCUCUCGCCAGGCUGGGUGGUCAACAUGGCAGAGAAAAAGAUUCUGAAACCGACUGACGACAAACUGCUCCAAUAUUACAAUUCUUAA